CUAGCAAAGCAGAGCAAAAGCUCUCGAGAACCCAAAGCCAGAAGCCCAGAGGAUCGGAGAAGCGUACGAGAACAGCACACAAAACAAUGAGGCCAGGAGCAGGGUUCAAUGCGACGGCGGCGGCGGCGGCUAAGGCCGUGGUCGCCCCGGCGGUCGCCGGCAGCGCCGCGCAUUCCGCGUGGCACUCGCCGGUGCCGUACCUCUUCGGCGGCCUUGCCGCGAUGCUGGGCCUCAUAGCCUUCGCCCUCCUCAUCCUCGCGUGCUCCUACUGGAAGCUCUCCGGGUACCUGGAGGGCGGCGCCGGCCGCGGCGACGAGGACGGCUCCGGCGCCGACGGCGCGAAGCCGGCGGCCUCGGACCUGCCGCCGCCAAUAUGGGAGGAGAAGAUACUGGUGAUCAUGGCCGGGGACGUGAAGCCGACGUACCUGGCCACGCCCAUGUCGAGCAGGGCGUCCUCUUUCGGAGACCGCAGCAACAAGGGUGACGACGAGGCUGAGAAGAAGGUGCAAGAGGUCGCCAUGGCUAGCAUCAAGGAUGCCGAGCAGAAUGGUGAGCACAGCGAGAGCCGGAGAGAAAGAGAGGAGCACCACAUCCCUGAGGUGUGACUGAGCUCCACUUUUGAAAAAAAAUUAGCUUAGGUUUGUUUUGGUUUUGCUCAGAGCUGAGCGCGCUUUGGUGGCGCUGAAAACCAUCUCCAAGAUAGAUAGCCCCGACCGGCGCCGUAAUUUUGUGGGGCUGUCUGUAAUUUUUGCAAUGACGAUCAGAGAAGAAUGGGGCUGAUGAGGCCGUGAUUUUGCUCAGUUAAAUGUAAUUUUUGCUAUAAUGGGAAUGAAGUUGUAGCAUCAUGAUCGAGAAGCGGAUCUUUCUUCGCC